AUGCCUGUGAAACGGAUUUUCACCAAAAGAUUGGUUCUGCGAUACUUUACCGGAGCAGGAGUUUUCUACUGUGUCGCUCACACAAUAGCUCGUCAUGUGGGUGAACUAGUGAUCUGUUCCGGACCUUCAAUGCAUCCUACAAUUCACGAUGGUGAUCUCGUCCUCGCGGAGAGGCUCAGUAUCAGUACCGGGAAUAUACAUCGCGGUGAUAUCGUUGGAUGUUUAAGCCCACACGAACCAGAACAAUUGUUAUGUAAACGAGUGAUUGCUAAGGAAGCUGAUCCCGUUAACUCCGAUCUGUUGCCGAAUUUACGCGUUCCUCGUGGACAUGUAUUUCUACAAGGAGAUAAUCCUAUGGCUUCUACAGAUUCACGACAUUUUGGUCCUGUUCCAGUGGGAUUAGUUCAAAUUCGACUAACUCUUCGGAUUUGGCCAGUCUCCAGGUUUGGUUGGCUGUCGGAUCACUGGUUUUGGGAAACGGAAGAAGACCUGAAGCGAAACGCCAAAAGCGAUGUUCCGAAGUCAAAAUUUUACCCUCGCACGUAG